AUGGCGAAAGAUUUAAACGAAAUAAGACGAGAAUUAGCUGAUCUUGUGAAGCGUCGUAGCGAACUUGCAGAAACUCUUGGUGCUCUUGAACAACAAAUUUACAAUUUCGAAGGUUCAUAUUUAGAGGAGACAGCCGAUUAUGGGAAUGUCGUAAAAGGUUGGGAUCGGUUAACACUGGUUGCACCACCGUCGAAGAAUAGCUUGAAGUUAGAUAAAAAAGGUGCAAGGAAAGGCAUGCGUGAAUCGGAGCGGUUAUUUUCCAGUUCCUCGGUUACUUCACCAGCAUCAUUAAGUCGCAGCACUAUUCAGCAACCGAUACAUGAAGAAAGUCCAAAUAACAGCCCAAGGUCUUUACCGGGUAGAGAUGUUCCACCGAAGAGAAGUGGUAGUAAGAAAAAGUCACCAAAAUGA